AUGGCAGAGAAACAUUUACAGAAAAUGGUGAGGCAAGUGGAGAUCAAAAGUGAUGGUGAUGUUUUUCAUGAAAUAUUGAAGUCUAGGCCUCACCAUCUUUCCGAUAUGUCGCCUACUGUUGUUCAGAACGUGGAACUUCUCGAAGGUGAAUUUGGAACCGUCGGCUCCAUUGUCAUGUUUAACUACAAUCAAGAUGGAAAAGAAAAAGUUGUAAAACAUGAAAUAUUAGCAAUCGAUGAGGAGAAGAAAUCGGUGUCCUACAAGGCCAUUGAAGGUGAUCUAAGGGAGCUAUACAAGACUUUCAUCAUUACCAUCCACGUGGACACUGAUGGAGAGAACAACUUGGUGACAUGGACAUUUGAUUAUGAGAAGCUGAAAGAAGAUGUAGAAGAUCCAAACUCAGUCAUGGAUUUGCUUGUUGCCAUGACUAAGGACAUUGAGAACCAUCAUCUUAAAUAAUUAUAACUAUGUUUGUGCUGUUUAUUUCUAUAUGCUCUAAUGUUUUAUAUCAUAAUCCAAUACUCUCUAAUGUUUAAUAUCAUAAAUAAAAGAGUUUGGA